AUGGCUUUAAGUUCAAGAUCAUCAGCAAGAAAAUCAACCUCAAAAGACUCUGUUAAUAAUGAAGGCAUUAUUGAAGAACAAAUCGUAAAACCAAGCGGCGAAGUGACCAUAAGAAGAUAUUCCAAAGGAAAAUUCUUGGGUAAAGGAGGCUUUGCCAGGGUCUACGAGUUCACAAGUUUGGAAACCCGCAAAGUCUAUGCUGGAAAAGUAGUCGUAAAAGCUUCGCUCACUAAAUCCCGAGCCAAACAGAAAUUGAUGUCAGAAAUAAAAAUUCAUCGCUCUUUGCGGCAUGCAAAUAUAGUCGGUUUUGAACAUUUUUUUGAAGACAAUGAAAACGUGUAUAUUUUGUUGGAGCUUUGCCCAAACCAAACAAUGAGUGAACUUCUGAGGCGCCGCAAACGGCUGACCGAGCUUGAAGUUCAGUGUUAUUCAAUUCAAAUAAUUUCAGCAUUAAAAUAUCUGCAUCAAAAAAAAGUAAUUCAUAGAGACCUAAAAAUUGGGAACUUGUUUAUUAGUGAAAAGAUGGAAUUAAAACUAGGUGACUUCGGCCUUGCAAGCAAGCUGGAAUAUGACGGCCAGAUGAGGAAAACCAUUUGUGGCACCCCAAAUUACAUUGCACCUGAAAUUUUAGACGGCAAAGAAGGGCACAGCUAUGAAGUCGACAUAUGGUCGUUUGGAGUAAUUUUGUUUACAUUGCUUAUAGGAAAGCCGCCUUUUGAGACUAAUGAUGUAAAGAAGACAUACAACUUAAUCAAAAUGAACGCUUAUUCGUUUCCUGAUACAGUUAGAAUAUCAGAACAAGCAAGAAGUCUAAUUACUCGAAUUUUGAGGACUGAGCCUUCUAGAAGGCCAAGUCUUGAUGAAAUACUGGAGCAUGAUUUUUUUCAUAUGGGGCAUUCAAUCCCACAGUUCUUGCCUAUUAGCACACUUGCAGUCCCUCCAUCUGAUAAGUAUAUUAAACAGUUUUUGCCUUCAUCUAUGGGUACCCAACAGCAGCCAACUAUUGAUACUGCACCUUUACGAAUUUCUCGUAAUACUUUAACUGCAACUUCACCAAGAGACAUGGCAGCUUCCUUAAGACCAAAAACCCAUGGGACCCGAACUUCAAUUGAAAACACUCAAAGGACAUUAUCUCCCAAAGUAACUGAAGUUGCCUCAAUUAAAGCAAAAAAUGAGCCUACAACUCAGAAUAUUUGGGUUAAAAAGUGGGUGGAUUAUUCAAGCAAGUAUGGACUAGGCUACGUUUUGUCGAACGGAUGCGCAGGAGUCUAUUUUAAUGACUCAUGUAAAAUUAUAAUUGAGCCAAAUGCAACACAGUUUUAUUAUGUUGAGAGGACAACUGAUAGAAGAGACAUCAUAAAUAAAAUGGCAUUCGGUUCGAGAGAAAUUAGCUUUGCUAAUUUUCUCUCCCUCAUGGAAUUUUAUUUAUAGGGUUAGGUUUUCACUCGAGAGAACUUCUGGACAGCAAUAGCGGUUUAACUCUGGGGAUAACCAGAGGAACUGCUCUCAGUCCUCUCAAGAUUUCGGGCUUUUACCUCUCAGCACAUCCCCACGGGAGGAUGACCCUUAAGCGGAACACGCGCAGGAGCUGAGUCGAGACAAGGGCGACGGUAUCGCGCCGGGUGAGACGUGCAGCAAGGCUGGUGAAGCAGGAGUUGAUAGAAGGCUUGGCCAGGGCUGACCUGUUCCAAGAUGGCUCGCCUACGUCACUAGUUUUUGCCAUAGGCCCUUUUGGGCUGCGGCACUAGACACCUUAAACACCAGAUAAUUAAGUUAAGUUAAGUUAAGAUAGAAGAGACAUCACUUUUUCUUAUUCUUUAGAUAAUUAUCCUAAAAGCCUACACAAAAAAGUCGCUUUACUGCAGCAUUUUAAAAACUAUUUGGAAGCAGAAGGUGAUGCUCCAGUAGCUCAGGAGCUUCAUUUUUCUAAUGAAAAUCCACCUCCUUAUGUGAAAAAAUGGAUGAGAACUAAGCGCGCAAUUUUAUUCAGGCUAUCCAAUAAGAUCGUUCAGGUUAGUUUCCAAGAUCAAACUGAAGUAAUCUUAUCCAGUGAAGAAAAAGUAGUGACUUAUGUCAAUAAAAGGGCUGAAAGGGUCACAAUUCCUCUUGCAGAAGCUCUAGAAAGCACCCAUGGAGAAAUGGCAAAAAGGCUUAAAUACACCCGGGACAUCCUUAAUUAUAUGAUGAACGGGCAAGUCACUGGCGGCACAGGCAGCCCUUCUUAG